UUUGAUACUUAUUUCUUACAGAUCUUAGAGCAUCCGCAACGCGGAGAUUUCAUGAAUCCUUAGCGCAUUAACCUAGGAUGAUCUCAAUAAAAAAAUAUUAACAAGGCUGAGAUCAGUAAGGAGCGGUCCGUAAAUAAGGUGUUUAAGGACUGAGUCCUUAGUGACGUGGCAACGUCGGGCACUCUUUCCUUCUCCUUCUUCCUUUCUUUUCGUUUUCCACCGAGGCCACCGAUCUCCGCCGGAGACUCUAUCUGAUUAUCCUCUCCCUUCUGUAUCUCUCCGAUUGACAGAUUCGAUUUCGUCUCUUCUUUAUUUCUUCCAAAACCCUCAACUUUUUCAAUUUGGGAGUAAAUCAAAGAUCUCUCUUUGUUGAUGGGCACUGCGGAGGUUUCUGGAUCUCCGACGGAGAUAAUGAAGCGGUUAAAGUGGAUUUUGAUGACAAGCUCAGUUGGGAAUAUCUGUUCAAGGUAUAUUGGCUUUGCCUGAAGGAAGAGCUUUCUCUAACUGUCGACGAGCUUACUGUCCUUGACUGUCCCCGUCGUCUCCGCUCAUCUCUGCCGCGACUCCGUCACCGGCAAAUCACUGCGUUACGCUUACGUCAACUUCGAUUCCGCCAUCACCGUUUGCUACGGAGCAAUCUGCUGUUGCUGCUCGUCUUGCCUCCCAAGGCUCUAUGGUUGAUGGCAAGAAACUGUUUGUGGCUAAGUUCAUUAACAGGGAUGAAAGAGCUGCUAUGUCUGGGAAUCAAGAGUUCACAAACGUUUAUGUGAAGAAUCUGCUCGAGAGUGUUACAGAGGAUUUUCUCCAUACGAUGUUUUCUCAAUGUGGGACGUUCUCUAGUGUUGUGGUUAUGAGGGAUGGUAUGGGAAGAUCGAGAGGUUUCGGAUUUGUCAACUUCUGCCAUCUCUCAAUGGAAAACCACAUGGAUCGAAGAAGUUGUUUGUUGGAAGGGCUUUGAGAAAAGCUGAAAGGAUGGAGAUGCUGAAACAGAAGCACAAAGACAAUUUUGUUGCCAAGUUUAAUGUUGGUUGGUUUAAUCUGUACGUGAAGAACUUGAGUGAAGCAAUCAACGAAACAAGGCUGCGAGAGAUAUUUGGAAGCUAUGGGAAGAUAGUCUCAGCAAAAGUGAUGCGUGAUGAAAGUGGCAAAAAUAAAAGAUUCAAUUUCAAUUUUAAAAAAAAAUUAAUAAAUUUUUUUUUCCUUAA